AUGGCUCCGGGAGAAAAGGAAAGGGGCGAUGGGCCGGCCAAGAGUGCCCUCCGGAAGGUGCACACAGCCGCCCUGGUUAUCACGUUAGCCCGAGGCUGGCAGCAGUGGGCCAACGAAAACAGCAUCAGGCAGGCCCAGGAGCCGGCAGGCUGGAUGCCAGGGGGCACCCAGGACCCACCGGACACUUCUGGACCAGCGACAGACGCCCCCACCCACUGGAAAGCUCAGAGGGCCCCAAAGCCUUCCUCCCCGAAGCCAGAGGGAUGUGGAGAAGAUGCACACGGCUCAGAGGAAGCCACCGCGGUUUCUCCUAUCAAAAGGAAAGAGGUGACCAAGACGGUCGUCAGCAAGGCUUACGAGAGAGGAGGGGACCUGGGCCACCUCAGCCACCGGUACGAGCAGGAGGGCGGCCCGCCGGAGGCCGGGCAGCCGGAGAGCGACGUGGACAGGCUCCUCCGCAGCCGCGGCUCCCCAGCGCGGAGGAGGAAGUGUGCCAGGCUGGUGACCGAGCUGACCAGAGGCUGGAAGGCGAUGGAGCGGGAGGAGCCCCAGUGCCGGAGCAACAGCGUGGACACGGAGGACAGUGGCUACGGAGGCGAGACGGACGAGAGGCCGGAGCCGGCUGCAGAGCAGGAGGCCGUGGCCAGGAUCAAACGCCCCUUGCCCUCCCGGGCAAACAGAUUCGCAGAGAAGCUCAACUGCAAAGCCCAGCGGAAAUACAGUCAAGUGGGCAACCUGAAAGGGAGAUGGCAACAGUGGGCUGAUGAACAUAUCCAAUCCCAGAAGCUCAAUCCUUUCAGUGAAGAGUUUGAUUAUGAGUUGGCCAUGUCUACCCGCCUCCACAAAGGAGACGAAGGCUACGGCCGUCCCAAGGAAGGAACCAAAACUGCCGAACGGGCCAAGAGAGCUGAGGAACACAUCUACAGAGAAAUCCUGGACAUGUGUUUCAUCAUCCGCUCGAUGGCUCGCCACAGACGGGACGGCAAGAUCCAGGUCACCUUCGGGGAUCUCUUCGACAGAUAUGUCCGUAUUUCAGAUAAAGUCGUGGGCAUUCUCAUGCGUGCCAGGAAGCACGGACUGGUCGACUUUGAAGGAGAGAUGUUAUGGCAAGGCCGGGAUGACCAUGUUGUGAUUACCCUACUUGAGUGAACUUUCAACCACACAAGCCAAACUUGACCCACUCUUGUCUUAAUGCUAAAAUGCUAAUUAGUAAGAA